AUGUCCCUGACCUCUCGUGUUGUCAACCUGUUUUCCUCCGGAUCAGCAGGUUCGCCAGCAGAAGAUCGCACCAAAUUUGGGAUCGUUGAUGAUGGAGGGGAAGAAGACGUCAAUGUUAGAGUGGGAAAACGACUACUUGGGUCGAAAGUCAUGGCACAGGAAGAGGUCGAAGAGGAGGGACGACCACCUUAUUUACAUGCCAUGAUUGCUGGAGGUAUUGGUGGAACCACGGGGGAUCUUCUCAUGCAUUCUUUGGAUACAGUCAAGACUCGUCAGCAAGGCGAUCCGCAUGUUCCGCCAAAGUACACCAAGCUCUCAUCCUCAUAUUCUACCAUUCUGCGACAAGAAGGAAUACGGAGAGGUUUAUAUGGAGGUUGGGUUCCUGCUCUUCUAGGAUCUUUUCCUGGCACAAUUAUAUUCUUCGGAACAUAUGAGUACAGUAAGAGGCAUUUGAUAGACAAUGGUAUUCCGCCAUGGCUUGCAUAUCUAUCCAGUGGUUUCGUUGCCGAUUUUGCAGCCUCCUUCGUCUACGUACCUUCUGAGGUGCUUAAAACCCGCCUACAACUCCAAGGUCGAUACAAUAACCCAUUCUUCAACUCUGGUUACAAUUACAAAAAUACAGCGCAUGCCGCUCGAACGAUAGUCAAGCAAGAAGGAUUCUCUGCGCUAUUCUAUGGGUACAGAGCAACAAUUGUUAGAGAUCUACCAUUUUCGGCAUUACAAUUCGCAUUCUACGAGCAAGGUCAAACUUGGGCGAGAAGAUGGAAAGAAAGCCGGGACAUUGGAUUGCCAUUGGAACUCCUUACAGGAGCGGCAGCUGGAGGUUUGGCAGGAGUAAUUACAUGUCCUCUGGAUGUUGUUAAGACGAGAAUCCAAACCCAAGUCAUUUCCAGCCCAGAGUCUACUCCUAAGCAGACAUCAGAAUCCACGAAAAACCCUUCUCAAUCCACCCGUACGAAGACAAAACCUACAAACCCUGCAAAACCUACAAAACAUCAAAUUCGAUCAAUAUCCACAUCAUCUCCUUCUACGCAUACACCCCGCCCUGGUAGCAUAAUUCUCGAUACAUCUUCCGUCCCGACUGGCCUCAAACUCAUCUACAAAACAGAAGGAAUAACAGGAUUAUUUCGAGGAGUAGGACCUAGAUUUGUGUGGACCAGCACGCAAAGUAGUUGUAUGUUGGUGUUAUAUCAAUACAUCUUGAAGCGACUAGAAAAUUCCAACUCGCAGCGGGAUCAGGAAUCGAUCGUAUAA